CGUGCGUCUGGCGUCAUACGACUUUCACGACUCUCGUCAAUUGAUGUGCGCCCGUUGCAACGAGAGCUUUCAAUAUCCAUCGCCGGCCACCGAAAAACGCUUAAUUGCACGAUUGUAAUUGUGUGUAUCUCUUCACAAUCUGCGCAUUUAUACACCAAAGCUGUGAGCUUAACAAUACACUCGUUCGUCAUGUCGAAGCUCUCCCCAGCUCUCAAGCAGCUCAUAAACGCCGCGCACGCGCGACCAGGUGCUGUGCCCGCGCCGCCUAAGAUCCAAUCAGUUUUCAAGAAGAUCGAACAAGAAGCCACAGACAGACAACUUGGCCGACCAUCGUGGCUCGCUGUUUCAACCGCGGCAACUAUGACAAUGAACUCGCCCGAGUCGAUGGAGGCACUCUUCCACUCCACUGCACAAGGAAAGCCUCAAGAUGAAGGCGUUGAGGUCGCAGAAUUCAUGCGCGAGAUCGCGCUGAAGUGCAUUGGGUUCAAUGGCAUCCCACGAACAAUCAACAUGCUUAACGCCUUCCGCGCCUCCCUCCCACAAGACAUCUAUGAGAAGCUCAAUAAAAUACCUACACGCUACCCCGAUGCAUCGAACGUCGAGCAGAUCAACCAGCGCGGACGCGGACUAUGGGACAAGAUUUACAAGCCAUUGAACGAGAAGCUCGAGGCCAAGCUGGGUGAGGCACACCCAGAUCUGCCAGUCUUCAUCAUCAACAGCGAGUACGGUGGUCUUUUCACCGACCCCCAACGCUCGACCGGUGCCACUGUGGGGCGGAUCACAACGAGCUUAAUUGCGAUCACAUGUUUGAGGGCGCAGCAAGGUGUGGGACCGCAGGUGCUGAGUCACGUCUUUGGAUUAAGGAAAGCUUUGGAUGAUGGGAGCUGGAAGGAUGAGCCAGCCGCCGGUUCAGAAGAGGCGAUCAGGUGGUUGGCUAGCGAUGAGGGAUGUACCUGGGUGCUGCAAAAGACAGAUGAGCUGGUAGAGGCGUUGGGAGGUGCGCAGGGAAGUACUUUUGCGCCGGUCAAGGCAAAGCUUUGAGCGUUAGUUGAUGUAGUGACGCAUGUCAUGCCAUGAAUUUUUGCCAUUUCAGAGACUCCAACGCUGUGGGAUCAUGUGGAUGGAUGUACGCUAGUUACUACCAAUCGAUCAUCAAGAGGUUCUCUUGGUCUUCAUGUCAU